CUUUUUUUUACACUUUACCCGCGUUCGUUUUUUGUGCUUGAUUCGAGCAACCUCGUUUUCGUUACCUGUAGAUUACACUACAGGCAGAAUAAAAACUAGUCAUGACGACCGACGCCAGUGAAAAUCAGUCAAAGACCUUGCAUCCUUUUUUCACCAAAACGCAAGCCAGAACAACCUACAAACGCGCUCCGGAUAAACCGUCUUCCAAACAGCUCAACAACAAUGAUUCUACCAAGAGGAAUCCGUCAAGCUACCAGCGCGAUCCUGAGGAGCAGAAGGAAAUUAAAAAACCAUUCCAAAGGAACCAAGAAAAGAAGCGACAACCGCAGGAGCAAGACAGCCGACAACAACAACAACAAACUCCAGUUAGAAGACCUGCUUUGAACACUGCUAACCAACAACAGACAUACCCUGCUGAAAGUUCAACAACAGCAGCCAAGCGCUAUGCCAGAUAUCAAGAAGCCUUAAGAGAACAACGCGCCGCAGAAGAACGACAGAAGGAGACUGACACCAGCCAUCUCUCGCCACUGGAGCAAGCUCGCUUGGAUUUUUACGGACCUGAUGCGAACGAACCCGAGCAACAGCAGCAACCUACUCAAAGACAGCCUGCAUAUCCACCUAAAGGACCCGCCAUAUGGCCUGAUAAAUGGAUGUUUGAAGGAGGACAUGUCCGGCAACAAACAAUGGAGACAGAAUCGAUGGACGCCGGCAUCAUUCUAGACCAGAGCAACACCGGCUUCAAUGCAUCAUUGCUCAACACCAGACGAUCCACUAUGUACGUUAAAGAUAUUGUCACGAGCAGUGGGCGGGCAUUCUUUGAAUCUAUGGCAGUAUCUCGUCAAAAGGACCAUCUGCAGCAACAACAACAACAGAAGCAAAAAACCGAGGACGAAGAACGUAAACAAUAUGCUGUUCGUGGCGGAAAUACAAAGACAUCCAAAGCUAGACAAUCCAGUAAAAAGGCGAAACUUGCAAAGGAUGAUGGCGUUCGACUGUUGUCGCAUGCCGAGAUUGGAGAUAUCAUGGACAGCAUCUACCCGGAAAGUCUUUGGAAGGAGAUACCACCAUGCCAAGUCUUAUACGAGUCUCUGUUUGAUGACAACAACGUCGAAGGUGAUGAUGAUGAUGAUUAUCUUGGCUCUAAUGAAGACAGGGACCAUUUGCCAUGGACCGAAAAGUAUCGACCUUCAACCGUGACUGAUCUGCUUGGUGAUCAUCGUGCGCACAAUUAUCUACUCAAAUGGCUUCAGCAGCUCAAAGUCUAUUCGCCAACAACUGCAGCAUUGGAAGAACAACAAGGCUUUUGCGGAAACACCAACAGUGUAUCUCGACGAAAAUCGAAGCGACGCAGACAAGAAGGCUCGCCUGAUUUGGCACUUGAAGACCUGUCGUUGCAGGAUUCAUUUUCUGAAGAAGAGGACGAGUGGGUCUAUCCUUCAGAACCAUCGGGUCAAGUCCAAGGCGAUAGCGAUGAUUCUGACUUUACCAUGGGUGGUAGCACAAAGACCAAGAAACAACGCAAGCGGUUGCGCAAGGAGCAGGUCAAUGGCAAGGUUAAAUCGAACAUGAUGCUUAUUUUCGGCCCGCAUGGUGUCGGUAAAACUGCCAGUGUCUAUACUGCUGCUCAGCAAGUUGGUUAUGAGGUGUUUGAAAUCAAUGCUGGAAUGCGUCGUGCAGGAAAGGAUCUGAUGGCAGCUGUGGGCGAAAUGAUUAAUAGUCAUCAAGUAAACUUUAUUGAUACUGCUGCUACUACUACUGCUGCUGCUGCACCAGCCGUCGACAAGUCCCAGGUAGAUAUUACAAGCAUGUUUCAAAAAACAUCUGCCUCCACAAAACGAAAACAGAAGCAACAAGACGAAGAACAAAAGCAACAGCAAUCAAGCCAAGGGGGAAACAAGAAGCGUCGAACCAACAUGGGUGCAUGUACAGACAACAAAAAGAAGCAGAGAAGCAGCAACAACUCAAUCAUAAGUCAUUUUACACGAAUGUCCAGCAAAACCUCUUCGGAUAGAAUGGAAGAAGACGAAGAACCCGACAACCGAGAGCCGACGAGCGAUUCGGAGGAGAUGGAUUACAAUGUAGAGGCAGAAGAGGAGGCAGACAAGCCACAACAGGUUGUCAAGUAUGCAGUGGCACCAACCAAGCAAAGUCUGGUCCUUCUGGAAGAAGUGGAUUUACUCUAUGAAGACGACAAGGGCUUUUGGGCAGCAGUUCAGGAACUAGCUCAAAAGAGCAAGCGACCGAUCAUUAUGACUUGUAAUGAUACGGAUAUGGUGCCAACGGAAACAUUGAAACUCGAAAAGGCGAUUGAAAUCCAUCCUCAGACGACGCACAGUCUCUUGCCAUACUUGCAGCUACUUUGUUUCAAGGAGGGAUAUGCAGUCGAUCCAUCCGAUCUGCUUUAUCUCAUAGCCAGCAUGGGCAGUGACCUGCGGCAACUCAUUCACACUUUGGAAGUAUGGUGCAAGCAACCGAAUAACACGAUGGCGCGCAAUGUUGGGGAUGGUGGUGAACUCACCAAAGACGACAUGGGCCGAAAGCGGUUUCGUACGUGUCCUCGGAUGUUCAGUCAGUACAUGGGAACCGAUAGCUAUGAUCUUGUACUGCGUCUGACGACAGAAGCUCAGCGGAAUGAAGCAGAUUUGCUGGAGCUUUGCCAGUUGCACAACAGAAAGAAAAACUCAGUCAAAGCCAGUAAUAGCAGCAGUGGCAGCAACGUCAAGCAAUUUUUCCACUCGUCCGACCUUGUCAGUAUUUGCCAAGGAUUAGAGACAGCUGCGUACUCGGACGCAUGGAUUACACGACAGACAGGCCAAUGUCAGGUGUUGUUGGAACAAGCUGAAACAAAAGAUCAGAUCUGUGGGGAUCAGGGCACAAUCAAGGUGACUGACGACGAGAUUGUGCCAGAGUUGUGGGAGGUUGACAACAGGAUCCAGAGGCUGAACAGCAAGCGGGUGCAGGAUCGCAGGUGGCAAGGGGAGAUCCAAGAAAGCGGUGGCAUCUGGGGAGGGCUGUGCUACAGUCGAACAAGUGCCUAUAAGGAUUGCAUGGAGGCAACGAGGCGGGUACUAAACUGGCGACUGGCCAACAAUCCAGUCCGCAGCGUGAUAAUGACCGAAUAUGUCCCUUACAUCCGAGCCAUGUGUCAGAUGCAAGAGCUGGAAGAAGCGUCGGGCGGACGGCGAAAGCGGGCAUUGCUACGUCGGAAGCACUUGAGGCUAAGCGAAGAGUGCAUUGGAUUACUGCAGCGAGCGAGGAAGACUGACAACCUAACCCACCAAUGGCAUGCGCAAGCAGCUGCUUAUGGUGAUCGCUGGAGGAACACAGCAAGCAGAGGCUAAAAAUACCAUGACCUUGUAUUCUUUUGGGAACACAGAAAAUGGGGAGCUGAAGGAAUGAAAAGAGGAGCCCUUUCCACUAGUAGCACCAGCCAUACACAAACAAGCCAAAAGUUUACCUGUGCCAUAUACCUCACUCCCCUUUUCUCUCUCUCUCUCUCUCUCUCUCUCUCU